AUGGCAUCAUCAACACAUGCAUCAACGUGGACGGCAACGCGGGAUGACGCCGCAAGGCAGGCAGACGAGACGGAUCCGACCACGGGAACAGCAACAGCAACGGAAAUACACACAUAUGGAGACGAAGGCAAGACAAGAUCCGUUUCACCGGCCUCCCAGCCACCAUACGUGCCUCAGUUCUCGGCCGCGACCGCCCUCAUCCUGGACCGUAUCAAGGCCGGCACCAAGGGCGGGUUCAACUCGGCGCUCUCGGACGCCUCCGCAUCGACGCCCCGUCCAGACAGGGACGCCUAUGAGGAUGCGCGGAGCCGACUCGUCCGGAGUAUGAGGACCGAGUACUUUUACGCGAUGAAAAAGACAGACGUCCUCAACGUACUAUCCUUUUGCGACCAGCUCAAGCCCCAACUCCUAGUGGACAUCAUGGUGUCCGUCUCGAAGCGACAUCCUGACCUUCCCAUGUUCAACUCUCCAGACUGGGAGGUGGCAGCCUCAGCCUCAGCCUCGAUCACCGAACAGCAGAAGAAACGACAGCAACAGCAGCUUCUGCAUCGUCGACGAUCUCCCCUGGGUAGCAGGUCGCGCCACGGCCAUAGCCUUCUGAACUCCAAGGCUAGACAGAACAGGGGGAGGGUGACGACGACGAGGAGACCGAUGAAUAUCGCCACCAAGAAGAACAAGGUGAAGUCGCCGCUCAAGAGGUCUCAUCUAGCCCAUGAGGUGGACAAAGGUCAGGAGAAUGAAGAUGAAGGUGAGGACGACGAGGAAGAGGAAGAAGACGAAGAGGUGGAUGUCCUACCUGAGACGUGGCCCAGGCCCGGUGAGGGCAUGUAUGCCAAGAUUGCGCCCGAGACGGACGAUGGCUCCCUCCUGGCUGAUGCGAAUGAUGAAGAAGCGUUUAGCCAAUUCUUUGUCAACAAGAUGGGGAGACAGAUGGUUGAUCCGGUUUAG